GUCUCAGUCUCCGGCCAAGGAAUCCCAGGCAGCGUUUAAUUGCAGAGUGCAAAGGCUUUAGUUGGGCUAAUGAGCUCAGCACCGGAGCUGGGACUCCUCCGCGCACCCUCGGACAGACAGAAAAACCAUAUGGAGUCCUUCAGCGGAGGAACCUCACCAGACGGCUGGAUUUUAGGUGGAGAAGGAGGGAGAAGGAAUUCUUGAAUUCAGGUAUAGGUGACUAUGUUUGCGAGAAUUUACCAGAGGCAGGAGACGGAGUAAGAGGUGGAGUAAGAGAGGAGAGCGAGAGAGGAGGGGAGGAAACGGGAAACACACAGCCAGAGAGAGAGAGAGAGAGAGAGAGAGAGAGAGAGAGACUGUAAGCCUGCAGCAGCAAAUGAGACAGAACAACGAGGCGGGAGAGGUAGAAAGAGAGACAGAGAGAGAGAGAGAGAGAGAGAGAGGGAGGGAGGUGGAGAGGGGCCCCGUGUAGGAGAGAGGGCUAGAGGGUGAGGAAGAAGAAGAAGGAGUAGAGAAAAAGUUAGAAGAAGUAAGAGUACAAGAGGGUCCAGAGAAGGGAAAGUACGAGCAGCCGAGAUUAACAACUACAGGAGAGCAGAAGAAGGGAAACAACAGACAGGAAGGAAGGGGAGGGAGGCAGAGAAAAGUCUUGGGCAGCGAAGAGGGGGAAAAAAAAGAGCUGAAGAAAAAGUUUUUUUGUGGGAAGACGCAGAUGAGGAAAACAGAGGGAGUGAAUGACUGGGCUGGAGAGAGCAGGGACGGGAGGAAACCAGUUCUUUUCUGAGGCGUUUUCAACACAAGCCUGCGGACCUCUUUGGACAUGUACACAGAAACAACGGGACACCAUCGAUUCCUCCAGCAUGUCCACACCUCCAACCCUUGCUCCUGCCAGCACUGCGUCCACUAUGAGAAGCCGUACAACCACCACCCUGGACUUGGAUACCCACCAGGAAUACCCAGACAGACGGACCACCCAUCUCUGGACUGCAGGAGAGACAUCCAGGCUCCUCGGGUUAAAGACGUAGGAGGGAGAGCUUUCCUGGUGGACGGGUUUGAGAAAAGCGGUCAUCGCAGCCCACAGAGGAGGCCUGUGUUUGUAGGGCCGAGCCCUCACAGCCACUCAGGAGAGGACUUGAGCCAAGUUCGCCCCUGGGACCUGAACCCUGCCCAGUGGAGCUACCCGCCGCCAGAUCCCGGGGUGAGACACUACUCAUCUGUGAGGGAACAGUGUGGCUGUGUGGUGCGCCAUGACACUCGGACACACCCCUUCAACAGCGGGAUACCACAUCCUCUCCCUCAUCUUCAGGUCAAAGGUCAAGGGUACAGGCACAGGAGGACUAUCCGGUAUGUCUCAGUGGAUGAGGAGCAGGAAGCGUGUGGAUGCACCUCUGAGAACUAUCAUUUGGAGCCGCACAAUUACACUGUGGGUUGCUCCAGCAUGCCAAAUGGCCACUGUGGGCCAAGGUCUGUGUUCUUUGAGGGAGGGGAGGAAAGAGAUAGCCAUCAGGACCGGGGACGAGUGAAGGGAGGAUCAGAGGAGGGCUGUAAUGGAUGUCAAGGCUCCCACAAAGGGUUCUUCCCAACCGAGGUCCCGCAGAAACAGCUGAAGCCGAGCAGACAGAAGGGGCCCUGCUUCCCUCCCUCGGGGAUCACGAGCCAAGAGCCCUCGAAGUCCCCAAUCAACGAGGAGCACCAGCAGCAGCGGCACGGUUCGGAGGUGGUGAAGCAGAAGAGGAAGCAGGAUUUGGUGAGAGAACAGAUCAGACAAGUGGUGACGGAUCUGGAGGAUGUGUUGGGAGGGCUGAAGCAAGUUCACGUGGAGAUGAAAGAGGUAGGAGGGUCUGCGAUACCAAAGAUGUUUGUCCUCUCUGUUUACACCAGGUGUCUGAACAUGAAGGUGCAGGUCAGGAGCAGGUGUCUCUGCCUCUGCCUGUGACAUUUACAACAAUUAACUCGAAGCUCCAAAACAAACAAACAAACAGAGCAGAUCAUUCGCUCCUGUAUCUUUGCGACAUGAUCACAGCAGCAGCGGAUCAGUGUGUGUGUGUGUGUGUGUGAAUGCUGACGGUAUUGUUUGUGACUCACUCAUCAUCUUUCGACUGAAGCAGUGAUCGAGAGCGAGUUUGCUCUGACCUUUUGCAGAACGGUGGUGAAAAUUGGCAGCGUUCCGGUCAGCACAUUAAAAAGCCCGGCCUGAGACGGUUUCUGAAUUAUGCCUGGCUCUUACAGUAUCCAUUUUGCAUGCAGCUGUAAUAUAGCAACCGAUUCAUAGCUGAACGUGUCUAUGCAAAAGCUGAUGUCGAAGUAAAGCUUAAUUUAUGUCAACUUGGAAACACAAGGAAAUCCUGAUAAACCGGCUUUGAUUUUAGUGAUUGACAGACUUUUGGGUGAGUGCCUCUGUUUAGCUCACUUCAGAGAGAACCUGCUGCAACACUCAGACCCUUUACUGAAGUAGAUAUACAUAUGCCACAAAGUCCAAAUACAUCAUAACAGGUAGAGUACAUGCAUUUAAAUCCAAAAGAUAUGCAGGUGAAGUCGACUUAAUCAAAUUUAAUGAUAUUUCUAAUACUAUUCUCACGUCAUGCCUGCUAUAUGUUGUGUCUAAGCUGUAGUGUAGUCACCUGCCACUAGCUGUAGCUCCUGAUAAUGGCCACUGACAAAACGCCGUAAUGCUCAACUCCUCAGAUGAAAACAAGCAGAGGUGACAGUGCAGCAAAGUUUGGGAGAAUUUUGAUCAAGACAAUGAAGAUGAAGUUGUGUGUGGGCUGUUCCUGGUAGACCAGAACAAUGUGUACCAACACAGACUUAAGGAAGUCAACCUGCAAGGAGGACCAGAGGCUGAUGGUGUUAGUUUGUUAAUGGUAGCAACUCUUGGAAAACCGAUGUGCCUGUAAGUGAUUUUGUGUUUAGAGGUGGCAGAUCAUUUGUGUUUACUUUUCACUGUUUCGGGAGAUUUCUUACCUGGAGACUCAUCGGUAAGUCAUGAUUAAAAUUUAAGUUUGAGUGACUUGGAAAUAAUUCACUUCAAAACAUACCUAGUAAAUUAAGAAAAGUAUAAAAACAUUCAUUAAAAUGUGAGAAAGUAAUUAAUGACUUUGCAAGAUGUCACACCAAGCACGAGUAAAAUCAUCUACUCGCUUAAUUCGCGCGAAUCUGGACGCGUUAAUGAGAAGUAUUUACUCACUUCCUUUCCACGUCAACUGUAAUUUUAACGGUAAUCCCUGCCUAUUCAACAGGCGGGAUUGAGUGAUAGACAAAGAUUUUUUACAGUUUACCAGUUAAUCCGACCUCCUCACUCACUCACUCACCUCCAGUCGAGCUCCUUUUUACUCUGGUUUCGGUAAUUGAAAGAAAAGAUAUCGUAUAGUUCGGGGCACGAUCAGUUUGUCCUCCAGUUUAGAUACCAGUGAACAACCAUCUGUUUUCAUAUGACACUCAGCAACCUUCGUGCUGAUUGGUUAUCGCAAUGUGAAUAUCGGCUCAAGUUGAGACAUUUUCAGCUCCUGCCAAAUUCGCAUCAUUCGUGACGCCAGAGUGGUAGGAGCGUCUUAUCGCGUCUUUGCAUCGACAUAUAAUUCAUUCGCGCGAAUGAAUUCACUCGCGCUUAGUGUGUGGAGACAGUAAGAUAGUCUAACUUGUAGUUGUCAGCGUAAAGGUCACAAGAUAAGUCAGAGGUCGUGAGAGACUCAAAUGGAAAGAAAGGAAAGAAAUCAACAUACAGCUGCACAAGUUUUGAAUAGUUUGUUUUUUUAUAUUCUCUUUUUUUUGCCCUCAGACAUAAACCAGAGAAGGUUUAGGAGGUUAAGGUUAGGUUUAGGUUUAGGGUUAGGGUUAGGCUGAACUCACUGGUUCAAAUUUAAGUAAUGCGUAAUCCUUCAUGAGAUAUUCAAAUGUGUUUCUACCAAAGAUCACAGAGUUAAGAGUAAAUUUAAGGUGUGAUAUGUCCUUUUUAAGCUGUAGUGGAGUUAUCAGGGUGAAAACAACAUAUUUGGGUCAUUUCUUCGCGGUUUGGACAGGUAUUGAUUCUCUUUAUUAUUAUUCAGGUGGUCGAGCAGAUUGAUCGUCUCACAGCCAGUAUCGACCUCAACGAGGAGCCGCCCUUCAUCACUCAGGGGUCGUCUGCUAACUCUCAUGGCUCAGUUCAUCCAGGUGACCUCAAGGUGGCCCUGAUGCCUAAUCACAAACCUCCUCCUGUCCAAACGCCGCACCAUGUCGACGAAGACCGCAUCAUUUUAAGAACUAACUCCCCCUCCCCUGUUCACAUGGCGUCUGUCGUCAAAACCAGCUGCUUCACCCCGCCCAGCCAAACUAAAGACAUCGGCCACAAGGUGCCGGGUGCGAACGGCCACCUGCCUCACCUGUACCCUCCCAGAGACUCGAACCACAUCGGGCAAACUCAUCCUGACCCCCACCCGCACAGCUUGGACCCUAAAGUCAUCAUCAGCAACAGCACCUCCAAUUCACGAACUCAGAAGCCUCCUCUGUACCCUCAGAACGGGCGAUGUGGCAAAGGCCCGUACCCGCCUCCCAAACCUGUGAAGACCUCUUCCUACCCGGGGGGGAGGGGCCGCCAGAGUGCCAGCAUUGUGUGACGGAGGGAGGGGUGGUCUGCCCGGUGCCAUGGGGGCCUGAAACAUGAGACCCUUCUGCAGAGAGUGGAGGUCAGAGUGGGACCAGGCAGGGGAACAACUCAUGGUAAGUACAGAUACAGGAGGGCUUUCAUUUUCCCCCCUCUCUCUCUUUUCUUACAGUGUUGAUGUUUCCGUCAGCGCUCAUGACGUGCGCUCUGUUUACUGGCAGGGAAGUUCUCAAAGUCAGUAAAUGAAUUGCAGCGUUCCUCCCCGUGACAAAAACAAAAAAGGGUUCAUGUGUGCGUUUGAUGUAUGUGUGUCUGUCUGUGUGGGCGGAGGGGGCGUAAUGUGUCUGCUUUUGUUGAUGUCACAUGAUUUCCCAGCCUUCUCCACGCUGUAAAACGUGUCCGUCUUGGCAAGUGAAAUGAAAAACGGAGUGUUUGUUCAUGUCAGUGGAGUGACUGGUUAAAGUGUUCAUAAGUGACUUUUAACUUUGCUAAACACGGUUAGCCUUUGGUUAACACAUAUUUUAUCUUUAAAGAAGUUGAGUUGAAGUUAAAAAGCCUGAAAACUUUGGAUCCUUAGAGACUUAAAUUGCUUGAAUCCAAUGUGAAACAGGAGGAUAAAUUAGGUUGACCAUACGUCCUCUUUUACCCGGACAUGUCCUCUUUUUUGGGGGCUGUCCGGGCUUGUCCAGGAAAGUUUAUAAAAUCCUUCAAAUGUAUGGAGGUUUCGAGUUUGUGUCAACUGGACUUACUGAGUUAGAAGCACAUAAAAGACACUCGAUCCGACCCGAAAAACUCUCAAAAUUAACUUUGUGCGACUCUGUGAUUCUGCCUCUGUGUAGUUGUGUCAUUCAGAUUAUGGUCACCCUAGAAUAAAUGAGCUUUUGGAGUAGAUUUGCGUGAUUCUUGACCCCGAUGAACAUGAUUUUCUAUUAUUGAACUACUAUAGUCUUUUUUUUCUCGCUUGGAUGGCAGACAGGAGGGUAAAAGCUCCAGACAGACUCUUUUUACAGUGUAACUUAGUCACCACUUCGAGGGAACUGAGACUUGGCAGGAACCCAAAGGGUUUUUGGCGAAGGACGACCCCACAGCGGCUUAGGAGCAAUCAUGUGACACAAAAGAGGAGUCAUUAUAUUUACAGGAUGAUCAUAGCUCUGACUCAGAAUUGGCAUAACUUACAGCCAAAGGGGGGCUGAUGAGGAGGACCUAAACCUUUCUUCUUGUGCCACAGUCAGAUGUAUCAUUACUCACUGACUGGGAAUUAGAAGCAGACUUAAUAACAAGAUGACAUCUGUGAAAAAAACAGUCCUGGAAAAUUGAGCAGCAGAUACAUACAGUCGAGACGAGCAUUCUUCCACAGAAAAACUCCACUUUUACAGAUGCCAGAGAGACAGACCUGCAUGUUUCUGCACUUCCCUCUUGUGCAGAAUAUGCGUUACUGCAAUCUAUUUUUCUAGGCUUUUCUGUGUUGGGCAAGCACAAUCUGGUUUUAAUCAUAAAACCCCCUGGCCACGUGCCAGAACAGAGUGAGGCAAACUCUUGGUAUAUUUGUGACGUCCAUAUAAACAUCAGCGCCGCUGCACACUCUACAUUCUGCUGCAGGGAGAGACGCACGGCUCAGGCUGCAGCUUCAGGUUGAGGCUGGCAGCCAAAGGAGAAAAAAAAUGCAUAUGGCAGAGCUUUAACUUCUCUCUCUCUCUCUAAUGAAAUCACAGUUUAAUUAGCUGUAAGUGUAGCGUGGCUUUUCUGUUUAACACAAUACUUUCUUUUCACUUUCUAAGCCCUUCAAAGACACACUGCUGUUGAUAGUUUGGAGUCUUGAAUCAUUUGAAUUAGUCAUCCAGAGAGGGUUCAGUGUUAAAAAAGCUAGCACAACAGAUUAUGUGCUGAGCAGCUCAUUCACACAUUAACACUAUCACAAACACACACACACACGCAGCUUUUGAGAGACAGGAAAUGUGGGGAGAGAGAAGGAGGGAUGACUUGCAACAACUAAAUUAGGAGCUGAACCUGCAACCAGCAUGACAAGGACUCUCUCCUGUGAAUGAAGGGGCGCCUGCUUUGAGAUGAACUAGCACCCCGCAAUAUUGUUCACGUUUUCGUACACGGUUCCUGGUUGAUAUGAGGGAUGUAGUUCAACACAAACCACAUGAGUCAGGGAUCUAGACAAAAUAACAAAAACUCACACAGGGAAAACAACAUGAAUCGAAAACGGAUAAAACAAAAACAUUUAACAAGAGCAAAAACAGCACUUUAUGAUUUUCACUCUCUGUAAGUUUGAUUUCAAUCAUCUGUGUAUGAGGUAGAGUUGGGAAUCACUAGUGGCCCCACGAUACGAUAAUAUCACGAUGUUUGGGCCACGAUCCGAUAUCACGAUUUUAAACAUUUUGAGAUACAGUGAGUAUUGCGAUACCAUUUAUUGCGAUUUGUUUUUUUCAACUGCUUGGCUGAUUAAGCAUUUGUCUUUUCCUUAUUUUUGUCUUAUUGAUGCAGUAUGGUGUACCAUACUAUAAUUUGUGCUGUUUGGAAUUUCACAAUAUCUGUAAGUUUAAAAAACUUUGACUGCAAGAAGAGUGAGUGAGUGUGAUCCAGAUAACUGACAUUAUGAAUGAUCCGUAUUACCCUUUUUUAAAGAAUAAUCAGUGAAUUUUUCCAUUAUUAUAGACUUGAGUUCAUAUAAGCAAUUACUUUAAAAUACCAAUACUUGGUGGAUGAGACGAUAUAUUACCAGACAAAAUAUCGCGAUGCUCUGCUGUAUCGAUUUUUUCUCCCACCCCUAGUAAGAAGGUGGGCUGAAUAUCUACUGAUGCCUUAUUCCCUUUUUUAAACUUUAAUUUUAAUCCUGAAACAGACCUUUAAGCCCCUGGGAGCAGUUUUCACCUGAUGGGGAAAAACAUUGAAAUAAAUACUGAUGCCUUUAUAUGACCUACAGCAGUAAAUAACACCGUCUGUGCAAAGAUUUAAUGUGUUUUAUCAUCAUUGGUAAUGCCUGACAUCACCGCUGGCUGUUAGGCAUCAGAUAAGGGGAUUAACUGCGAGAUGGAAUAGCCGGCUUUGUUUAUUUUUCAUUAUAAAGAUUCAGAGUAAAAGACACUAGAGCACAUUUAUGGGACAAAAUCUGCAAAAAGACAAAGAUUACCACAUAGUCUAUAAGACACACCAAAAUUACCCCUAUAGGAUCUUUGAGUUAAUGUCAUGUUUUAAAUACACACAGAGAAACAUGUUUGAAUCUAUAGACUUGGUAAGUAUACUUUAUAUUACUGCAGACUUGGAUAUGUUAUAAGAACUGAGGCUGGACAGAUCAUGCAGUCUGACAGUGUUCAUGCCUCAUGUCUCCCAAAGCCAAAAAAGCUGUUUUGAUUUGUCUUUGAGGAAGAUGAAAAUGUAAAAAUAUCUGCAUCACAUGGUCUGACAUCUACCCCCCAUCAGAGGUUUAAAGAAUUAGAAAUAGCUUUAAUGAAAAGUGGUCAGGUUUGCUUUUCAUUCAGUCUCAUAUAGUAUUUAUUUCAGCUUGUUUCACAAGAAGCUAGAAACUCCUCACAGGAGCUUUAAGUUUUAAUGUGUCUCUAUCAGAAUGAAUGAGUGCUACAGCAUCAGUGUCUGUGCUUAAAUGAAUGUAGAUUUAUUUACUCAAGUUAACAACAAGAAAGAAAAGCAGGGUUAAGAGGGGUUACUGUGCAGUAAGAGUAUCUUUUGUUAUAACUCUUAAUAAAAUUCAGCUAUUUCAUGAGUUCUUCUCUUAGCUUGCUCACUCAUCUAGGAUACUAGUGAAAUGUGUUUUAAGCACAGUGUUCGGGGUGUCAGGGUCUGGAGUUAAACAAAAAAGAAAGGGCCCAAAUGCAGAACAAAAAUGAUUUACUCAAAACGAACUAAAUAAAAAGCAACAAAAACUCACUUCAAAUGGGACUCACUGGGAAGACACAGGCAUACGCACACAGACAAACAUACAACUCAAUGAACCAACAAAGAAACAGUGGAAGACGAGGACUAUAUAAACACACGCAGGGAAACGAGCAACGAGAGGCAGGUGAGGCACUGAGACACAGGUGAAGACAAUUACAGAGGAGGGAAAACUGAGGAAGUAAAAGAAGGGAAUAAACUCCUACAAAAUAAAACAGGAAACACUGAAAACUGAUAGUAAGAAUAAAACACUGAAAACAUGAGGGAAACAGGGUCAGACACAAACUGAAAACUCACAAGACUGGACUGCAGGGGACGGUUCCUCUCUCUUCGCUGCAGGACAGAAAGAUUAAGAAGAUCUUUUGUACCCACAGCCGUCAGACUUUACAACUCUUUUAGAAAUAUUAGAUUAGUUUUGAGACAUGACAAAUGAGACGACAGACAAUUGAAUUUCCCUUUAGGGAUCAUUAAAUUUAUUCUUAUUCUUCUGAGAUAUUUUAUGCCAUCCAGACCCAGAAAGCUUAAAAAAGGUAGAUAGUUGAGAUUCAGAUUUCUUAAAUGUUUUAAUUUUCAGGUAUUUAAAGUUUUUACUCCGAAAGUUUUCUAUUUAUUUGGACAUUGUUUACCACGUUUUUACACCUGUUUGUUCUUAUAACUCGUGUUUUUGUUCAUCUCUGUUAGACUGAACAGUAGGUGCAGUCAGCUCGUGUUUAAUUAGAAGUAGAUUCACUUCUAAAGAUGCAGACUAGCGGGAAUGUUCUUCCUUUCAAGGUCUAAUGCUAAUGUUGACGUUAACAGAACGAAAGCUUUGUGAACAAAAACAGUACGGCAUACCGGCAGGUUUAAUGGCAAAACUUUGAAAGAAACUCCCCUAUGUCACUUCUCAACAAGCCAUGAAUCAUAGCCCACAAGGACACACAGAAGUGCCGCUCACAGUGAUUAAAUCCUCGUUUCUAUGGUUUCAUCAAUAUGUAACGUUGCGAGGAGAGAAGUCUUGUGAAGAGGCAUGGUUUGUUCGUACAGUACAGUAAUAAUUUUACAGCAGCACUGGGUCAAGUCUUUCGAGAUCCUGAGACCAGAAUUCAAAUAGUUUCCCCUUUUUUUUGUUUCAGGAGGAGCUGAUGCCACUGAGACAAGCUGUCAGCCGGUGGAAACGGAGCACGGCCUGAAGGUGGGGGUAUUUCCAAAGGGAAAACUCCCCCCCAAGAGUCCGACGCUGUAUGUCACACACGCACAGAAGCAUGGAGGAGUGGAAGACGAAUCCUCUCUGGAGCAUUUCUGCUUCUCUUGCUGUUUCUGGUGAUGUAGUGUGAAGUAAUGAGACGGAUAAAAUGUGAACUGCUACUCAACAACCACCAGUGGAUACAACAAAGGUAUCAUCUCAUGACUGUGUUAACUUAUUCAUACUAUUUUUAUUACAAAGAAAUCUAUUUUCAGGCAGCUUAAACCAGUUUGGAUACUACCUAAUGGGAUGUGUGAGAUGAUUUAUGAUUUAUACCAUCUGCAUUAUUGUAAAGAUAUUUUACAAAUAAAGAGUUUAGACUGUUUUCCUCAUGUUUUUACUACAUGUAAGAAAAGUUAUCAGCACAGACGAGAAAAGUUGGACCAAGAGAAGCAAAAUUUAUUUGCAUUAGAUAUUUUUCCAGCACUUUUCUCUUACAAAUAAAUCUGACGUCUCAAUAAUGUGACCCUAGAGAUGUGGAACUGGCCGCAGAAGAUCCCACAUACGAAUACAAAAGAGCACGAUUACAUGACUGCAGACUCUUGGAAAUGAUUUAUACUUUCACUUAGCCUGUAAGAUGUUUCCCAAGUGGUUGUGGAAGUGGUAGAAACACUUAUCGGGCUGAUCUGGGGAUGACAGCGUGUGAUCUCUCAUGGCCUUAUUCUGUCAGGGCGCUCGCUGUUUUGUCCCGGGCCGGUCGGGGCCAACGUCAGCGUCUCUGUUUGUUUAAAUCUUGUCUGAGACUUUCCCCACUGCGCUCUCACAACCUCCUGCUGCUGCUAUCAGAGCACAACGCUUCCGCUCCGACAGCUAUUAUAAUUCAUCCGCCUCACAACACAUCCCUCUCUCUUUCUCUUUCUCUCUCUCUCGCUGCGUCCCAGUGUCUGUUUGUAUCCCUGAUGGAGAGCUGCAGUGACAGAUGGGAGAUGACACAUACAAGCCGUUAACCGUCCCAUCGACUCUGUCACUCACUCUAUGUGUCUGCAGCAGUUAAAGGUAAUGGUGCCUCUCUAAGCAUGCUGCUGCUGUAUCAGGUUUGAAAAAGGCUGAGGCUGCAACCAACAGUCAUCUAAAUUAUUAAGCGGAGUGUCUGCGUUGUCUAAUUUGAUAGGUGUAAGUGAAACAAUUUAGAUAACUUUUUUAGAGUUCGACAAGAGCUGAAUUCACCGUAUUUAGAACUGAAAUCAGAGCAGGAAGGCUCAAAUACCGAGUCGGCACCAGAAUUAAUUGUUCUGUUUUUAUUAUUAAAGGGCCAGAAUGCUAACGUUGAGUCUAUGCUGUUGCGCAGCCACCUGGGAAAUGGCUACUGCCAUAACGCUCCAAUGCUGUACUCACAGACUGUAUAUAGAAUGGACGCUGUCUGCCUCCUCGCUGGGUGAAGCCAAUCCGAGAACAGCACCCUCUGGUGACGGGCUGCAGUAUAGGUCAUAAAUCCCGCCUCCUCCAGCAAUCCCUAUGGAGCUGUGGACAAAUUUUAGAAAUUUAUUACAAAGAAUAUAAAUUUUUCUCCCCCCUGGUUGUGAUGUUGACAUGUAGUUACUGUAACCAGAAUGGCUACGAAAGGCUGUAUCUGCCGAUCGUAGCUGAUCGUAACCAUUCGAGUUAAUGUGACAAUUUCCACCGGCUUAUUUCCGUUCUGCAGCUGAUUGCAAGAGUUCUAUUUUCCGUGUUUCAGGCGGAUCGCAUUUCACACCAUGCAAACGGGCGAAGACGAACAAGUAAAAGGUUUAUGGACAGCAUUUCAUCCCGAUGACACCAAAGUUGAGGAGAUGCUGAUUUUAUAAGUCUAGAAGUAGAUUUAAGGUUAACUUUUUAUCACGCGAUUGCAUGUGAAUCCACGGGUUCUUGUGAGUUCUCGCGAUCCCUGCUGUCCAUAAUCCUCCACGAAAUUCACCUCACAAAUGGAUUGGGUAGGAAUUGACGUACGGCUGCCAUUCUGGAUUGGAGCCGUGCCGGGAGCAGAGGGAAUUCCGGGUAAGACUGGUUUGUGCUCAAGUCCUAUUUUUCUAAACAGCUCCCUUUUUAAAAGUUAUUCGGGGGUUCAUGUUUUCUAUGAUUGACACUUGAUACAGCUUAUGGAUAUACGAAGAUUGCGUAGCUCACCCGGGGCAUACGCUGUUUGAGCCGAUGAGCACAAUGUUGGUUUCAGGAAAUAAAGAAAAAUCGCAGAAAUACCAAGAGCUUUUCGGCAUCAAAUCCGUAUACUGGCAGAAGGUGGAACCAAGUUGUCCAUCGUAUAUACAGUCUAUGGCUCUACAAACCUGAUGCAAGCAAGCACAGAUGACAGGUGGCGUGAAGAGAGCUGUGUCAAACAGUCAAACAACCACUUAACCAGAGCGAUCCAUAUCUGACACAGGCGUGUAGAUGCUAACACACAUGGAGGGUUGAAGGCUGGUGGUGCUAGCUCUGCAAACUUUGAUAAACUGCUGUGGCGUCAUUCACCUGCAGACCCUGUGAUCCUGUGUUUAGACGUGAAAUAAAGUGUGCUCAAUAACGA